CCCACCCACUGCUCAUUCCCCAAAGAGGCGGCUGCCCCCCCUCACGUUGCUCGAUCCCCUUACUCCGACGCCGACCGCACUCUAUCUCAAAUCCGUCUCCACCUCCAACUCUGAUCGCCCUCCCCUCCAUAAAUUCAACCCACACACCGGAGACGAACCUAGAUCUGGGAUCCAUGGACCUUACAGGAGGAGAGGAAUCCUCGACACACAACAUGCAAAUCAGUUGGCCGUCCUUGAACCCCCCUGCUCACGGCUACAUCGACGACGGCGGCGAGCGGCCACCCUUCGUCCUCAUCGAGCCCUACGCCUGCUUCGCCAACCUCAUCAACGGCACCACCGCCAGCACCCCAAUUAUGUUCGACACCGAGCUCGAGGGCUGUAGCAUCCAGGUCACCUUCUGCGCCGUCCACCCGCCGGACGUCUCUUACCUGUGCGUCCACGCCGUAGGCUUGGGCGACCCCCUGUUCACCAACCCGCCUCGCAUCCUCGCCACCGAGACGGACGGUAGCCUCCUCCUGCUAUGCGUCCCCAUCCCCAUCCCCGGCCAUCCUUUCCCACUCGGUGCCUACGUCAACAGCACCCGAGAAGAGUACUUCGUCUACAACCCCCGCGUCCCUGUGCUUGAGCACCUUCGGCACCCGGAACCCGGCAGCAUCCCCUGCUUGGUUGACGGCACGGUUGCCAUCGUGCGCAAGUGCAGCCAACACCAACACACCAGCAACCCAGGCCGCAAACAACAACCCCAUCGAGCCGGCGUCCACAACUUAGCCCUACAUCCCCAUGGAGCCGGCGUCCACAACUUCGCCCUACAAUCCCACGGAGCCGGCGGCCACAAGUUCGGCCUACAACCCCAUGGAGCCGGCCGCCACGACUGCAGCAACUGCAGCUACGUCAUUGCGGCGCAAUCUGAAAGGUUCGGAUCUGACUAUCCUUGUCAACUCUACCUCUAUCACUCCAAUACCUCCUCCUGGACCACUCCGUCCGUGGUAUUCGAGACGCCCCUCGACAACGAAUACCAAACACACAAGACAAUCUUCAUCGGAGGAGAAAAGGGUACUCUGGCCUGGGUCGAUCUCUCUGGAACUAUUGUCUUGUGGGACGUUCUCGGCAAGGGCCGCCGCAAGUUUCGCCAGUUCCAACUGCCAGGACCCAUCGACAAGGGCAGCGACGCAUCCACUCGGGACAUUGCUGUGCUCGGUUCUUCCAUCAACUAUGUCGUAAUGGAGUACUUUGCCCGUGGUUGGAAGGCCACUGUAUGGAGCAUCAGCACUAAUUCCCUCCCUGGGGAGGGUUGGGGCAUCCGUUACCAUCUUGAUUCCUCUAAUUUACAAGGUCUUGAAGGUGAACCAGCUACAGCUCCUUAUAUUGGCCUACCCAAGCUGAGCCUCCAAGACGAUGGCACUGUUUUCUUUCUCAAACAGGUUGACUACCGCGACCCACACCAACCGGCAUGGGUGCUUGCUGUUGACAUGAGAAACAAAACUGUCCAGAAAGUGGCCAAGUUUAUUCCCUCUGGUUUGUACGUCGACUAUGAAACAAGCAGGAUUUCCAAAUAUCUCAAAGUUGCUCCAGGUACAAAGCAAAUAACGAAAAGACCUGGGACGCCAUUGCUGAAAUCCCCUAGCAAGAAACAUACUGGAGACACAGAUGACCCUAUGACGGCGAUUGAUGUGUGUUAGAGAGGUUGCAGACCUGAAAACAAUGUGUCCGGCUAUAUCCAUGGACGGGGUAUUAGAGUAUUAUCUUAUGGCUCACUGCUAAAUGUCUGGACUGUCCUUUGUUUAUUUAUUUUAUUUUAGGAUUAUGUACACUCCAAGUUACUAUGUACUAUCUAUUUUAUUAAUCAUGUGAAAUCUAUUACAAAGCUUUCUA